AUGAGUAUCACAGCUCUUACUGCGGAACAGUUUGUCCACCAAAAGUACACCCUCCAAUGCCUACUUUGCCGCCAAGAGGCGCGGUCGGACUUCGUCCGAGGUGUUAGCUCGGCGGCGUCUAAUCCUCACGAACCACGGUCUCUAUUUUCCGCCAUGCAACUGUUUACAAAAAUCUUGUAUACCCGUAGCGCGUCCUCAUUACUGCUUGCUCCUUCCCCUUCAGAUGGUUUCGCGUGCCUUGUUGCUGUAGUGUCUUUGCGAACGUGUGCUGGGGCUGAUGGUGUGUGUCCAGGUAGAAAUUUCUACUCUUUUCACUCGACAGGCAGCUCUACUUUCUUAGUGAUUUGUGUGUACUGCCUUUACGUAUAAUCAUCCGUUGAUUGCCGCACAUCAGAUCAUCGUCGUGCCGAGAAAUAUGGUUUUUGUUGUCCACAUUAGGGGUAAGUAUAGAGAAAAUCCGUCGAAGAAGUUUACUCAGUUAGUAGUUGCAAACUACAGCAUCCAACAAAGAAAUUCUCUAUCUACACCAUAGCCAUCGAAAUUUUAAAAUUAAAAUGUACAUGUUGCUUUUGUGUCGUGUCUAUAACAGAAGUCCUGCCUCCGCAGAUGAAAUUCGCUGCAAUCAAUGGUUUUCUUUAAUAAAAAGCUUCAACUCAUCUACGAGUUAUCGGCCGCUGGUGUUUUCCAUUGUCUUUUUCGCACAUUUUUAAACCGCCACAGCGCACAGAAAUAUCAUAGACACAACCACUUCCACCUCUUGUUCUAUGUCGUCGGCACAACUCGGGUGUGAGGAUCAUCGGAGAGAGAGAGCGAUGUAGAGUUGUAGAAUUCGAUAACAACUAUCGAAAUGAGGUCUUCUUGCCGUACUUUAUGAGUUGUCCGCCGAUGCAGGCUUAUUUCCAUUGACAUUUUGAACCCAAACGACGAUGAGAAUAGCAAAAAACGAAUUGGGAAAUCGAUCGCAAUACAUAGGACGUUGUUGUGUUUCUAUUGAACUUCGUUUCUUCGGAGUUUUUUUUCAAAAGGAGCAAGAUGAUCACGUUUUCUAUGCCCCUUCCGAAGGCACCGAGUGCUACUGACGCGCCCGCCCCGACUAGGGCAGCAGACGAAAGCACGGAAAUACGGAACGAGACCUGUCACUGCUGCACCUGUGGGCGCCUGCUGGGCGAGAAGGUUUCUCAGGUAAAAUCGUGUGGCUUGUUGCUAUUGCAGGCAUACUCCUCUUGUCUUUGCCGUGCGAUUUCAUUCCUAGCGUUGCCGCGCAUCACAGAGACAACAGCGAAAGCAAAUCAAUGGUCCUGCCAAACUUCAGGUAACGUCCGUCGCGGGCACGAAGCAACUUAUCGUGUGGCCUCCUGGAGGUGGGACGAAAAGACGGAAGCUGGAGCAGUGACACGAUAAAAUCAAGAUUUUUUCAAAAAAAAGUAUGCAUUCUUUAGCUGUCGAUAUUGAUGAAAAUUCAACUUGACGUUGUUUUGUGAUACUGCAACUUUCGAUGAAGAAAUUUGAGAAACAAUAAAACUAGACGUUUAUUCUUUCGACCUUCGUGGACUUUUGAACUUCAACUUUUGGAUGCCGGGAGGAGGAGGCCAUCGUCAUUGCUGGAGUCCCUGAAUUCCUCCCAUCCAGACAGCAAUGCACAUAUUUCUAUGCGUGGCACCAUUUAUUUUGCGAAGAAAAAUAUCUUGCACGCUUGUCAUUGUCUUUCUGUCUCUAAGCACCAGAUUCACUGAGGCCAAUUAUGCCGAUGAGACUCUCAUCUUCGGGUAUGGUUUAGCUUUGACUCAGUAUUCAACUCGUUUGUAGUUGUCACGUGCGUUAUCGCUGUUUUUCGGAGAGCGAAUUUUGUCAGAGUGUCACUCUGUGAAACUGUUUGCAUCGAGAGGUAAAAAGAACCGAAUUGCAGCUGCUCGGGUGUGGUCGCGUUGAGAGGUAAAAACCCUAUGAACUUGCGAGGGGUUGUUUUUUCGGCUCUAGUUUUUAUUUCGAG